CAUAUACCAAACCCGGUUUCAUCUUUUCUUAUCUCCCUCUUCCAGGACCAGAACACUUCUUUAGUGGAUAACCCUCGUUCGUACAAAAGCUGCAUAUUAACCAUAAAAUCACACCAAAAAUGUCGAUUUCAUCAUCUCUAGCAACACCCAUAUUCCCAUUAUGCAACUCUUCCUCAAUUUCUCCCACACCCAAGUUUUCUACUGUCCCAUUUCUCCCAAAUGUCUCAUCACCCUCAAGAAUUCAGCUUCAGUUUCAAUCUUCUCGGUGUUCUUCCACCAGAUGUUUUGCUGCUACUGAAGCUUUGGAACAAGCCCUUGAGAUUGAAGGUGCUGAAUCGACGGCUGUGAUUGAAAGUUCUGAUUCUGAAAAGAUAGCACCAAAGCAGAAAAUAAGGAUUAAACUGAGGUCGUACUGGGUACCUUUAAUCGAAGACUCAUGCAAGCAGAUAAUGGAUGCUGCAAGAACAACAAAUGCGAAGACAAUGGGCCCGGUUCCGCUGCCAACCAAAAAGAGAAUAUACUGUGUGCUCAAGUCCCCUCACGUGCACAAAGAUGCACGGUUUCAUUUCGAGAUCAGAACCCAUCAACGACUCAUCGACAUAUUACACCCGACUGCUCAAACCAUUGACUCGUUGAUGCAGCUUGAUCUUCCGGCCGGUGUUGAUGUUGAAGUUAAGCUUUAGAAAGUGUCUUUAAGUCCCCUUUUUUGUUGUUAAAUGCCUCCCACUUGACACUUUUGUGUAGUGAAUUUGUUACUUGUAUUAUUGUUGAUCAAAGGGAAGGUGUUUGGUCAAAUAUGAUAUGAAGUAUCUUGUAAUGGUUUAAUCUUGAUGGUUUUUGGUACCUUAAUUUGGAUUGCUUAGACCAUAAGUUACAAAUGGUACUUAUUAUUGUAACUUGUAAAGUGAGUUUUAAGUUAUGAUAAUCAGUCAGCUGAAAAAGAAGCACUUGAAUGGCUUGAUGAUGUUGAUGAA